GCCGGGCUCCGGGCAGUGCGGUCCCGGCUGCUCAGCAGCUCUAGGCCCGGCCCCAGUGCGGCCUUGGUCCCGCAGUGAGGCAGCCCCAUCCGAGGCCUUGGGAGCUGAGCGAUGCGCAGUUUUCUAGGAGAUUUUUAUUUUGUCUUCAAUCCCUCAAGGGCAAGAGAGGCUCGGGCCUUAGCCCUGCCAGCGACUCCACGGAGCUCCCGUCCUGCAGGACUGAGUGCAUUUUUGGAUGGAACUGUGUCACUGCAUUAACCAGGGCAAAUGUGCCAGACGCCUGUCCGAAAGACACGAGAGAUGUCCAGAUAGAUCUACAAGCAGGCAGAUGCAGACACAGCCAGCCGGAGAAAGGCAAUUGUUGGAAACACAGGGGAGAGCAAGCAACGUUUGACCAGACCUGCACACCAACAAAAUAUUCAGUGGAAUUCAUCUUGCUAUAACUGGUGGCUGUGAGGUACUGAGCAUUUCUGCUUGUGAUGGCAGAGGAUCAGGAGCUGACUCAGCCAUGCAAGACUCCCUUGGAGCCCUCCCUCCAGCAGUGCACCAGCAACACUUACCGCAGUGCAGAGCACUCCCAGUCCUUACUCAGUGGCCUGGUAGCUCUCCGAGAUAGUGGCAUCCUAUUUGAUGUAGUCCUGGUAGUGGAAGGGAAACCUAUCGAAGCUCAUCGGAUACUCCUAGCUGCAUCAUGUGACUAUUUCAGAGGAAUGUUUGCUGGUGGUCUAAGAGAGAUGGAACAGGAAGAGAUUCGUAUUCAUGGAAUCUCCUUCAAUGCUAUGUGUAAAAUCCUAAACUUCAUAUACACCUCUGAACUGGAACUCAGCCUGAACAACGUGCAAGAAACGCUAACUGCCGCCUGCCAACUUCAGAUUCCAGAAGUCAUUAAGUUCUGUUGUGAUUUUCUCAUGUCCUGGGUGGAUGAAGAGAACAUCCUGGAUGUAUACAAAUUAGCUGACCUCUUUGACUUGAAUCAGUUGAGUGAGCAGCUGGACUCCUACAUUCUCAAGAACUUUGUAGCUUUCUCAAAGACAGAGAUAUACCGCCAGCUGCCCCUGGAGAAGGUCUACUCCCUACUGAGCAGCAACCUCUUGGAGGUCAACUGUGAGAAUGAGGUUUAUGAAGGGGCGCUUCUGUACCAUUAUACCCUAGAACAGGUAGAGACAGAUCAGGUCUCACUGAUGGAGCCUCCUAAGCUACUGGAAACAGUCCGCUUCCCCCUGAUGGAGCUCCAGAUCCUGCAAAGGCUCCAUGACAAAUUAAGCCCAUGUCCAUUAAGAGAGACUGUAGCCGAUGCACUAAUGUACCACAAGAAUGAAUGUCUUCAGCCCAUGCUUCAAAGCUCACAGACGCAGGUGAGGUCAGAGUUCCACUGUGUAGUGGGCUUUGGAGGGAUGCACUCUACUCCAUCCACAGCCCUCAGUGACCAAGCCAAGUACUUGAACCCCCUAUUGGGAGAGUGGAGGCACUUUACUGCUGCAUUAGCCCCCAGAAUGUCCAACCAAGGAAUCGCUGUUUUCAACAACUUUGUAUACUUGAUUGGGGGAGAUAACAACGUACGAGGUUUUCGAGCAGAGUCCAGGUGUUGGAGGUAUGACCCACGACACAACAAAUGGUUCCAGAUCCAGUCCCUGCAGCAAGAGCAUGCUGACCUCUGUGUCUGUGUUGUGGACAAAUAUAUAUAUGCUGUCGCAGGGCGAGACUAUCAUGAAGACCUAAGGGAGGUAGAGAGGUAUGAUCCAAAAACCAACACGUGGGAAUACAUGGCACCGCUGAGGAAGGAGGUGUAUGCACAUGCUGGAGCAGCACUGGAUGGAAAGAUGUAUAUUACAUGUGGGAGGAGAGGAGAUGAUUAUUUGAAGGAACUACACUGUUAUGAUCCAGGGACUGAUCACUGGGACAGCUUAGCUGAUGGUCCAGUCAGACGUGCCUGGCAUGGGAUGGCUGCACUCCUGGGAAAGCUGUACGUGAUUGGAGGUAGCAACAAUGACUCUGGCUAUAGGAGAGAUGUUCACCAGGUUGCCUGCUAUAACACAAGUACUGAUCAAUGGACAAAUGUAUGCCCUGUACUUGCAGGGCAUGGAGAGCCAGGUAUUGCUGUCUUAGCCAAUAGAAUCUAUGUCUUGGGGGGCAGAUCCCACAAUCGAGGGAUCCGGAUGAACUAUGUCCAUAUUUAUGAAGCUGAGAGAGACUGCUGGGAGGAAGGUCCCCAGUUGGAGGAUGAUAUUUCUGGGAUGGCUGCCUGUGUUCUCACUCUGCCUAGGGCUAUUCUAAUGGACACAGAGAGGUGGACUCCAGAAUGGAACCCAGACCGACUACAGCCUCUCCCAGACUUUGCCUCUGAGGUUAUGAGUGUGUCAGACUGGGAGGAAUUUGACAAUUCAAGUGAAGAUUAAGGACCUGAGGAUUUUUUUUUCAGGGAGGGAAGGAAAUUAAGGCUUGGGGAAAUUGUUUAGAAACUUUUUAAUGUCUUUAGUAUAACAUACACUGAAUCAAUAUUUAAACAUUUGGAAACUUAAAUGUUCUGUACAAAAGGCCUUCUGCGUUCUCUCUAUUUGCCACAAAGCAGCAGUGUGAAAGCAACCAAAAAACUUUCUUUUUUUCAAUUAAAAGGCAGUUUUGUCCUUUGAAGGGGCCUCUUCUUAACCCACAGCAUGGACAAAAGAAGCACAAAAGAUCUAGCUUGGCUAGCUCCUUUGCUUCAGACUUUCAGCAUGAAAUCACUUCCUUGUUCCUCUGUAAUGAUCCUGCCAGCAUAAAACCUAAUGGCCAGGAAGAUACAACCUAGUGUCUGCCCCCUGUGUCAGUUGUCAGUUCGCUGUAUAGGUCACGCAGUGAGAGUGAGUGAGUGCUGUAGCAGCGACAGCAGCAAGAACAUUGGUUCGAACCCUCCUGUCAUCUGGGCAUGCAGCCAUCCUCAUAACAGCUUAGAAACUGUGAUCUGACUCCCGCUCCUGAAUUACUAUACUGCAGGCUUUGUCAACAAGGUGGGAGACUUCUAGAAAAAUGAUCUUUGUACUGGUUAUGGUAAUCUCUUUAAUCAGAUGAACUUUUACAGAUACCAUUUGUUCACAAAUGAAAUAAUAAAUCCUUGUGGGAACUUAUUAU